AUGUCCUUCUUUCGCAGUGAAUCAAUGACAUUAUGUCAAAUUGUUUUGCACAGUGAAUCGGCAUUUAAUUGCCUGAUUGAAUUGGGUUAUUUGGGUCAAGUGCAAUUUCGUAAUAUCGGCAAUGAACCCAGCGGUGGUGUGACGAAUAAUCAAUAUAUAACGCAAAUCCGUAGAUGUCAUGAACUGCAACGAAUGCUAAAUUAUUUGGAAAAGGAAAUUCACGAUCUAAAUAUAAACAUGGUAUUCUAUCCGGAUGUGGAUAAAGAUGAAAUACCAAAGGCAACAGAUCUAAAAGACCUCGAGGCAACAGUAGAGCAACCCUUUGAAGAAUUGACAGCUAUUGGAAAGAAUAUUGAAAAUUUAAGGAAACAUAGGAAUGUGUUGCAAGAGCGAUUAGAAGUACUGAAGAUUGGCAAUCGCUUUUUAAAUGGCGGUCAGAGCAAUGAGGCUGUUAUGGCCUGGACCGAUAGUGUUAUUAUGCAGUUGAUCCAUGAUGAACUGAGACCUAUGGCUAAGGAACAUCUACACUUGUCAUUCUUUGCCGGUACCAUUCCCAUCGAGAGGUUUCCUGCCUUUGAAAUAAUGCUAUGGAGAAUAACAUUGGGAAACUUUUUUAUUAAAUAUUCCGAUAUGGAAUUCCCACAAAAUGAUGCUGCCCGCUUAUCAGCAAAAAGUGUUAGGAAAUUUGUUUUCAUGCUAUUUUUUGUGGGUCGUGGCUUAAAAGCUCAAGUGGCAAAGAUUUGUCAGGGGUUUGCAAUUCAACUUUAUUCAUGUCCUGAAGCGAGUAAGGACAGGCAGCAAGAAAUAUUACAAAUAUCGGAGGAUUUGGAUGAUUUGGAUAAGAUCCUAGAAGAAUCACAAAGUGAAGAGUUUCGCAUAUUGCUGAUAACAGCCGCUGACAUUUACAUAUGGAAGGUUAAGUUAAAGAAAAUUCUAAUGGUGUACCACAUUCUGAAUCGGAUGGGCCGUGUUCGCCAUUUGCAUUUGGGAAAAUAUUUACAAGCGGAAUGUUGGAUACCAACGAAGUAUAUUGAGUCGGUAAGAAGUGCUUUAGACAGAGGGGUGCGACGUUCAUCGAAGGAUGACACAAGUUCCAUGUUUAUGCCUCUUCUGAAUGUGGUCCACAAGAGAUCAAUGGCUCCACAAGAUAAACCUACCUAUUUUGCAUUAAAUCGUUUUACAAAGGGGUUUCAAAAUCUCAUCGAUGCAUAUGGUAUAGCUCAAUAUCAGGAACUAAAUCCCGCACCCUACACUAUUAUAACAUUUCCCUUCCUCUUUGCUGUCAUGUUUGGAGACAUUGGUCAUGGUUUGAUAAUGCUCAUCUUUGGUCUCUGGAUGCUGUUGUAUGAAAAAUCUCUCGAAGAAAAACAACGUUUCGCAAAGUCGUCCAAUGAAAUUUGGAAUAUUCUAUUUGCUGGCCGCUACAUUAUAACGCUGAUGGGUGCUUUUUCCGUUUACACAGGUCUAAUUUAUAAUGAUUGCUUUUCGAAGUCGUUUAAUUUUUUUGGGUCUUCGUGGAUUAUAAACUACAAUGAGUCAACAGUAAUGGGUUCACAUGAAUUGCAAUUGGAUCCUGCACGUAAGAAUUACUAUAAAGGAACUCCUUACAUCAUGGGUUUUGAUCCAAUAUGGAAAGCAUCAGGAGAGAAUGCCAUAACAACUUCAAACUCAUUCAAAAUGAAAUUAGCCGUAAUUCUGGGUGUAUUUCAAAUGAUUUUUGGACUGAUACUAUCGGCAUUUAAUUACAUCUACAGACGCGAGUUUGUGGAUCUUUUCUUGGUGUUUGUACCACAAUUUUUAUUUUUGCUCUGCAUUUUCGCCUAUUUAGUAUUUUUGAUAUUCUUUAAAUGGUCGAAUUUUGGUGGUCAUUUCGAUAAACCAUAUAAUUCCGCAUGUGCUCCAUCAAUACUUAUCAUAUUCAUUAAUAUGCUGCUGAUGAAGGGGCCGGAAACGCCGCCAGAAGGUUGUGAAAUUUGGAUGUUCGAAAAUCAGGAUGUCAUACAAAUGUUAUUACUAGGCAUAGCACUGAUCUGUAUACCAGUCCUGUUGGCGGGUAAACCGAUUUGGUUUAUGUUGCAGCGUCGUAAAAUUCGGAAAAUUAAAAACGAAGCUAUACGUAGAACGCGAGUUCGAAAUAAUAUAUCAAGCAUUCGCAAGUCUCUCAUAUACAAUGUGGAUGAUUCGGGGUUCACAUUAUCAUCGCCACGGCCACGCAAAAGUAUGGAAAACGAACAACAAGAAGUCAGUGAAUUGUGGAUACAUUCUGGUAUUCACUGCAUAGAAAGCGUGUUGGGUGCUGUAUCACACACCGCCUCUUAUUUACGUCUUUGGGCUUUAUCAUUGGCCCAUGAUCAGCUAUCAAGUGUCCUAUGGAAUAUGGUCUUACAAAUAGGCCUUACCGGAAAUCGUGGUUAUAUCAAUAGUUUAUUUUUAGCUGUGGUCUUUGUUUUUUGGGCCAUAUUAACUGUGGCCAUUCUGGUUGUAAUGGAAGGCUUGUCGGCCUUUUUACAUACAUUACGUUUACAUUGGGUUGAAUUUCAAUCGAAAUUCUAUGCUGGAUCAGGGGAAAUAUUUACGCCAUUUCAAUUUCAAAGAAGUACGAUGACUGG